GACGACGAUGAUUAUAUCAUGAGUGACGAAGAGGAGAACCUGGGGACCUUACUAGCCAAUUCUUUGGACUACCAGGAUCAUUUCAAUUAUACAUCGAGCUUAAGUGAAUUAUCAGAUUAUUUAUCGAAGUCACUUUCAUUUGCAUUAGAAUCACUACAAUUAGACAAAUCUUUGGUUAUCCAAGCCCAAUUGAGUGGACAAUUGAACAAUGAAAACCAGAAGAUCAUUGACAAACAAAAGGAGCUAAAGGAUAGUCUACUGCGAAUUCAACAGUUGUAUGCUGAAAACUUUGCUCCUCUUGUCAAAGACGGAAAUAAUCCGAAGAUAAGCAAGGUAUCCAAACUUGCAAAAGAUAUCAAGGAUAUCGAGACUAGAAUUGAAAGAUUGAAGAACACUACUAGAAAGUCAAAUAAAUUAGCCUUGCCAUCGAUUUUCAAGUCUAAUUCUUCGGAAAACCAGGGGGUGGCGGGCCGUUUCCCUGUAGAAUACAAUCAAGCAAAGGAUAAAGUACUCGAACGACAAAUCGAUUCAAAC